GUGAAAGGGGUCCGUAUGCAAUGCAAUCGUUGUACCCCCGCCUCAUCUUGGCUCGUUGGGCCUGGGCAGGGCACCGCUAUAAAAGCAAACCACGUCGCCCCUCAGAUACGUAGUGUUUUCCCGUGUACUGCACAAGAAAAAUCACCCACAAUGAAGUUCGUCAUUGUCCUUUUCGCCGCUAUGGCUGUUGCCAGUGCUUACCCUGGAUACUUACACGCACCGGUACAUGCUCCGGAAGUCCACCAAGUGCUCCAGAUUCCGCAACAACCAGCUAUUCCACCCCCACACCCCCAACCCCUCAACAUUAAGAUCCCCCAUGUGCCAACCGUGAAGAUCCCGUACCACGGACCCAAGGUCGCGACACCUCACCUCGUCGGCGUCGAGCACUACGUGGAGCCUCAGAUAAAGGUGGUGAAGGCCGCCCCCAUCUCCCAUCAUCCCUGGGAUUAAAGUUCCGCACGGCACCAACUGAACUCGCUUGCCCAGGGUGAGCAUCAAUCCUGGACGAGCCGUCCCGAGGUGCAUCUGGAGUAGCGACGCUUCACGAAUAACGAUAACCAUGGCCAACAUCGAAAUUUUCCUGGCGGGAAAGAAGCUCGAGACGA